CAAGCUUCAAAUAUAAGGGAUACCUAUUAAUACUUACCUAACCUAAGCAAUAGGACAAUUAUCAUUCUUUCUCUUACUGCUUUUUAGCUCUCUCGUUUAAACAUAAGGGCAUCGGUCACUAUAACUCUCAUUAAAUUCUCACUUUUACUAAGUGCAAUUGAAAUCUAUUUAUGACUCGUUGUUAGGCUGCCUAAAGAUCAAGGCCCAACAUGAGUGGCAUUCCGAUUAAAGUUGAUCCUGAAGAUGCGCCGUUCCCCUUGACGGACGUUGAUAAAUGGAUCUUAUCCUUGACCGACGAGGAGUAUCAGUAUCAUGGUUGGGAAGAUGUGAAGAAGAUUAUAGAGGAGAAUAAUCUCUCCGUUCUUAAGCGAAAACCGUCCGAUUUGCGACGAUACAUGAAAUGGACUGCCGAGAUUAAGAUAGAAUAUGGAUCCAUGUCGAAUUAUCUCAUGAAGCACCGACUACCAAAAGUCUGGGGGUCUCCCCCCUUCAAACCAGCAUCUACUACCCCAUUUGAAGACUCAUCCGACUAUAGAGUCCUGAUUAACGACUGGCCCUAUGGUAUGAUGCCAAACAUGACCCAUAUAGUCGUUUGGUCAAGAACGACGAUUCCGACGGACCCUGAGACCGGAGACAUGACCACUGAAAGCCGCGACACCGUGAAGAAUUUCGUGAAAAUGUUCUUCGUAGAUAAGCUAGGCCCAGCAGGAGAUGAUAAAGUCUUGUGGUUCAAGAACUGGGUUGCGCUGCAAAGCGUGAGGGCACUAGAACACAUUCAUAUCAUCGUCAGAGAUGUUGACAAAGACACACUGGAUAAGUGGACCGAGGAACUCGAUUGCCAUAGGUUGCUGAACUAGGUGAUCUGUCACAUAAAUUCAAGUCUAUAGCUUGAAAAUAUGAAAG